UGUUAAAUUUGUAGAACAAGGUAUUCAAGCAAUUAUUCAUACAUCACAAGGAGAUAUGAGACAGGCUUUAAAUAAUUUACAAUGUACAGCAACAAGUUAUGGAAAGAUUACAAAAGAAUUUGUUUACAAAGUUUGUGACGAGCCAAAUCCAAGUAGUAUAAAAGAAAUAUUUCAACAUUGUGUUGAUGGAGAAACAAAGGAAGCUUUUGACAUUAUUGAAGAUAUUUACAAUUCUGGAUAUUCUAUUGAAGAUUUGGUUGGAAUUUUGUUUAGAAAUGUGAAAAUUGCUGACAUUCCAGAAGCAUUACGUAUUGAAUUUAUUAUGGAAAUUGGAAAAUGUCAUUCAAUAGUAGCUCAAGGUUUGUCAACAAAACUUCAAAUGGCUGGGUUAAUUGCAAGACUUUCGAGUAUUCAAGAAAAAUUGUCUUCAAAUUAA